AUGGUGUACGAGCGGUGCCAGCUGGUCAACGAGCUGCGCCGCAAGGGCGUCCCUGAGAAGGACCUGUCCGACUGGGUGUGCCUGGCUUACCACGAGUCCCGCUACGACACCAACGCCGAGGGUCGCCUCAACUGGGACAACUCGGUCGACCACGGCCUCUUCCAGAUCUCGGACAUCUACUGGUGUGACUGGCGCCAUAAGGAGCCCGGCAGGCGCUACAAGAACAUGUGCCGCAAGAGCUGUGACGCGUUCCACGACAACGACAUCACAGACGACCUGGCGUGCGUCAUGAUGAUCCACAAGGAGCACCAGCGUCUGCAGGGCAACGGCUUCAUGGCUUGGACGGCAUGGAAGAACAAGUGUCGCGGCUCGGAUAUGACAUCCUACACAAUUGGCUGCGACCGCACCACGAGUAGCACCACCACGACGACGUCGACGGACCAGCCAAACGAACGAACGAACGCGCACACUCACUUCAACAACCUGGCGCCGCUCUUCAACCAGCUAGUACGCACCAGGAAUCACGACAAAGUCCCGCCGCUUCUGUACACAGCUGCGCCAGCCGGCCGGGCCCGGGCCGGGCCGGGGCCGGGCCGAGGCUGACCGGAUCCCGUGCUAGCGGCGCUGAUCACCUGCCUGACUGGUGUCGCCUGCAGAAACGCUCAACCUCCGAUUACGACGACAACGCUGACGUCAUACAGAUGGCAAUGGCGACGUCAGACCUCUCACGGCAACAACGAUCAGACAGAGGUGGUUUCCGGCUUCCACCAGCAGAGACAGCGAUGAUGUCAGGCAGCGACGACACUCGUGACGUCAGAUGUCAGACAGUCGGUGUGUGACAGCGGGGACAAUAGCCGUAACGUUUGACUCUUGGUGAAAGCUUCCUGUGACGUGUGACUUUGUGUGUGACUCCGUAUGGCCUGAACAUCAGGAGCACCGCCAGGCUAUCACUGCUUGUGCUGCUGGCAAUGACUCUGUGACAGUGAAAACGUCGCAACAUUUCGAUCCACACCUGGCUCAGACAAACGUGCCUAGUGCACAGUGACGUAUCGCGCAGACGCUCUCGCUUGCUGCCCGCCUUGCCGGCUUUAUCUGUCACGUGCUGCUGCUUGAGUAAGCUGGGUACUUUGCAGGCGGUCUGAGGUUGAAUGUACCGGUGCCGCUCUGGGGGCACUCAACCGCGGCCAGUACCCCACAGGUACGCCCAGUACGCCGCGGUACCGGGCGUACGCCGCCGCGGGGCUGCCCGGCCGUUAGGUGCUCUCCGAGAAAGCAGAACGCCAGGCAGGAGAGAACCAAACACUUUCAGGUCACACGAACAUCUGCGCAUUACUUCUGCAGGUGAUUUGCUGGGCUUCGUCUUCAUGGUUAAUACAAUGACAGCCCCUGGU